AUUGUUACCGAGCGAGCACGUAAUACAGCAAUAGUCGUACGGAGAUGGGCUGUAGGGGUGCUUGUGCGGGUUUGUGUUGUCUACGCGCCAUGCCUUUUCUGUAAGCUGAGGCGUUCUUCAAGCCCUUACGGUGAACCCGAAUCAGACUGACCCGUCUGUCUGCCGUACAUGGGACUCAUGACGCUGGCCCUCAGACCACACCGGGGUCCCCGCCGACGGGCCGACAGCAUCGACUACAGCGGGAAGGGUCUGUCCGAGCUCCCGAGGCACAUCUUCCGCAACACCGAAGUCAAACGACUCCGGCUGCACGACAACAACAUCACGGAACUACCCCGAGAGAUCAACACAUUAGUCUGCCUCGAACGUCUUACCCUAAAUAAUAACGGUCUUAACGACAUUAUCGACGAGGUUUUCCUUCUGGAGAACCUGAGAUGUUUAGAUCUGAGUGACAAUAGUCUGACGCAGCUGUCCGCGGCGGUCAGCAACUUGCGGGAGUUGAGAGAACUGCACCUGAACAAGCUGGACCUCACGUACCUCAUAGAGGAUAUCGGCUGGCUGCCGAAGCUGGAAGUCCUGUCUGUAGCUCACAACAAACUCACGGCGAUCCCAGGCUCAAUCUCACAACUCAGGAAACUGAGGGUACUGAUUCUGACUGGAAACCACUUCGACCAGUUCCCGGAUGAGGUGUGUUCCGUGACGUCACUAGAGACGCUGAGCAUCUCCAGUCAGGUGGGAGAGUCCAAGAUAUGUUUUAUCCAGGACAGCAUCGGCAGGCUCAAGAACAUGAAGGAGCUGUAUCUGGAGAAUAACACCAUCUCCACCCUGCCGGAGACUAUCCGUGAGAUGCGGGACCUGCAGAUUCUGUCCUGUUUCUCUAACCGGCUGGAGAGGUUACCGGACUCCUUAUGCACGCUGAAGAACCUCAGGGUGUUGCUACUACAGCACAACAGGCUAUCGAAACUUCCCGACAACCUGGACCAGCUGCUGGAGAUGAACCUGCAGCAGCUGCGGCUGGACGGGAACCCUCACCCGUGCGGCAGUCAGGGCGCCGGGCUCAGGCAGGUCCGCGAGCAGCACAGGCUGGCCAGGCUAGCCAGAAUAAGCUCGUGCAACGCCAGUAUGAUGGACUACAAGUACAUAUUCAGAUAUCGUCUGAAGAAGUGGCUGCAGCAGGUCAUCAACUUUCCCGCCAAGUGCAGCGUCCGGGUUCCCAGCAAGGCCACGCCUAUCGAAACCUCCCUGACGUUCAAACUGGUGAACCCUGACAAAAGUUCGCUCACACUUUGCAAGGACAGUCGGGAGAUUCUGGUCAGCUAUAUCGUGGAGCUAGGUCCCCGGAAUUACCCGCUGCGCAAGCCGGUGACGCUGGCCAUGACGCACUGGGCGGACGCGGCGGACAGGACCCGGGAGAUCGUGGUGAAAAUCAACCCGUCACGGGCCGCCAACGUGCGGGCACCGUGGGUGGAGGUACCCACCAAGGUUGCCGGCAGCCUGGUGAAGGCCCGUGUGCGCCAGUUCUCCCAGUUCGCCGUCAUCUCCCGCCUGAAGACCGACAAGUUCCGUGUGUCCAGCAGCGCGGGCGGAGACCUGCACUCCACCGCCCUGCACGGCGUCAGCGUCAAGGUGCCCAGGCGCGGCGUGGUCGGCGACGCGGACGUACAUCUCAGGGUAAAACCUAUUGUCCUCGGAGAGUACCCACAGCAGGUGUACGGGGCGUCGCCGUUUGUGGAGGUGUGGCGCCCCGCGGCCGACAAGCGCUCCUUCCGCCUCAAGGUAGCCAUCUCCUUACCCAUCACACGGAAAGGUGACUUCACCCCGUCUGACGCUGACCUUCACCUCCUGCUGCACGCUGAUGGUCAGUGGACGGACGUGACGUCAGAAGUCAGCCACAAGAAGACUGAGGACGGGAAACUGCUGUUGGAGACCAAGUACUGCGGAGGGUACAUGGCCCUGGAGACCGCAGACGACAUUGAGCUGAAUGACCUGUAUGACCUAGCGGACGGUGUGUGGGAGGGGUCACAGGCCAGCCUCAUCCUCAAACAGAACCGGCGGGACCGCAGCCACGUGAUGGUCACGUGCGUGCCACGUGAAAUGGCCGCCGCAAUCAGCAGAGUUCUGGACAAUAACGGUUGGACAGGUUCGGAGCCGACCGAGCCGGUGUUCCUACAGGACCGGCAGCCGGUCCAGGUGACUCUGGACGGGAACAUCCGGCCCCGCAGCAGCUGGCAGGGCGACAGGGUCAGCAUCAUAUAUAACUGCAGACAUAAGUGCCACCGUGAGUUCUCCGUCCGGCCCCUGGAGACAGAAGAGGGAUACCCCGUAGCCGUUGCCAUGGAUACGGAGUACUACGUAGGGACUGCGGAGUUCAGCACCCCUCUGCACUGGAAACUUGGGGAGGGGGGCGACAUCAGUAAAGGCAUCCGGGCCCUGAGCAGCCUGCCGAUCAACCUACCGGUCGCGCAGAAGUAGACUAGGGACUUAAACCUCUGUCACACGUUACCAAAUAUGGCAUCAUGCAUAGAAAUUUAUCGUCAGAAAAAAAAUCAUUUCGUACUCGAUGAUCUUUGUCUUUUAUUCUUCAAGUAGGAAUGACAAAUAAAAGCAUCUAUUGAAGAAACAACAAUCAUAAACCUAUUUUAGUGUCAUAUCAAUGAAAUAACAAGGAACACAGAAUAGUUGCUUUCAUAUAUAUGUAUCUCUACAAGUGUAGCAACUAUUUGAAGGAAUCGUAUUGUAUUGAAAUGUUGAAGGACAGAAAUUGAAGCAUUUUUUGCUUGAGUCAAGCAGUAUUUACUGUAAAUCUCAUUGUACAUGUUCAGUCAUAAACCUUGGUUACUGUGUAAAUGUGUAAUAUUACGGUAUAUGUUAAGUGGUAGCUCAUACUGCAUUUAGACUGUAUUUUAUGCACCUGUUCUAUUAGAAGAUAUACAGCUAGACACAUUAUGCAUUAAUCAUUUAGUAUUAAAAAUAAUAUUAGUCUUCCUGCAUUCUUUUCGUCUCUUGUAUACUCCACUUAGUGAUAUGAUAGCUGCUUCAUACAUUAAUUCACAAACUUUGUUGUGUAAAACAUCUUUUAUGAAAAGACACAAGACUGGCCUCCCAAAGUGUUAGUGACACUUGAGUAUUCAUAAAAUCUUUACAUAGGAAUAUUUCAACUUUAUUAUUCUGUGGUGGCCAUGAAAAUACAAUGAUUUAUUAUUUCGACACUAAGAUAUCAAGUCAUUAAUAUCAUACAUUACAACACAAGUUUUCUGAAUGCGUUUUCUGAAUAAGCAUUCAGAAAGCAGAACUUCGUUUCUAACUGCCAAAAUAUUCCUCCACACAGGCGUAAGUUAUUACAUAAUCGACUAUUUAUGAUACUGCAGCUUUUAUAGAUGUGUAAUGGUUAACUGUGGCAGAAGGAUGUAUAUGUGUUAAAAAUCCAUGUUUUGUUAUAUCAAUUUUGCCCACCACCUCC